UUUAACAUUAUAUUCAUUUUUCCGGAUUGAGUUUGAAUUUUAGAAUAUUCCGGAUUUCCAGAUUUGGUUUUGUUAUUAGGAUUUUUCGCGGGGAACGAGCAGUUUAGAUUUUUUCCUAGUCCCUGUGCUGAACACCAUUUACAUUUACCAUGUUUACUAUGUUUAUUUCUACGAGAGAAAACUUCUAAGUUGGUAAGUUAACAUGAAAUCUGCUUGUGUAUUGUUUUGUGCAGAAAGUUAUGUAUAAACGAUAGAUAUAAAUGUGUAAACAAAAGUGUUCAACUGUGAAGAUGUAUUUUUAGUAACAUGUUAGAAUGUUGGCACAAUGGAUAUAUCUAGAAUGUUAUAUAAAUUUAAAGCUAUAAGUAUCAUCGUAGCAUGUUUCUAUUGUAUGAUAUAUCGGAAUUUAAGGUUUCAUUGUUUGAUGCGAUGUUUUGUGCACUCUACCAUAGGCGUAUAUAUAUAUUCAUUUUGAAUUGUGUAAUUUGCUAGUAGUACGAGUUUCGUUAUAUUUGCUAAUUUACUAGAGCAUAUAUAUAUAAGUGAAAGUAUUGUUUACAAGAACAGGGGCAUAUAUAUUUACUAGAGUGAUAUUUGUCAUAUGCUGAGUGUGUUUUGUAUGUUUAUUCAUAGCAUCAAAACUUAUGUAUGUUUUCUUUGUUUUUCCAGUUAAUCACAUCAUCACAUCUAGUCACAUCACGUGUCAUUACAUCAAGUCACGUCAUCAUGUCCUAAAUCAUCAUUAUAGUUAUACAAUGACUGAAUAAAGAUGUGCAUUAACAACAAGUUGACUCUUCCUUGAUGGUAGUCAGUACAACAUUAACAACUUAGAAGAUCUUGUCCCUAAAGAAGCUGUACUUCGUCAUGGCGGAUGGUGCUACGGGAGAGACAAGACCUAGAACUCAUACCGAGAAAGGUUUAGAAUAUCAUCUCGAUCGUAAGUCUAAGUAUCGUCGGGGAUGUGAAAAUAAACUGGUGUCUUUGAGUGAGGAUAUCGAAGAAUUAUUAACAACAUCAACAGAUGUGAAUGAAGUCAAAGAACUGUACAAGAAAUGGCUGAAAGUUUACGAUGAACUUUUAUUUACACAUGAAAGUCUUCAGGGCUUAUUGAAACUUUCGACCGGAAGUGGAGAAAGUGAUGACAAAGAAUUUCAGGACAGGAAUUCCCGAUUUCAUAAAGUGAAAGAUUCUGUAGAACAGUGGUUCGGGAAACAUUCAGUGCAACCUACUCCAAAGAAAAUACCAUCUGAUGUGAAAUCGAGACUGUCGAGUGCAUCGAGAACUUCAAGUCAAAUUUCACUUGAGAAAUUAAAAGAAAGUCAACGAAAAGCAGAACUGUUGGCCAAAGCAUCAGCUUUAGAUGAACAACGAAAAUUAGAAGCGGCUAAACUGGAGCUGAAAAUGAAAGAAGAAGAAUUGAAGAUUAAAACUGAACUUCAGAUAAGUGAUGCACGAUCCAAAUUAUUGGAAGAAUUAGAGAAAAGUGAACUUCGUGACCAAGAACUAGAAAACUCCCUCAUCAAUGAAAAUAUAGACAGAAUUGUAACUUUUGAUCUUGAUCGUGAAAAUGAGUUCACAUGUGACAAUUCUACUCCGCGCAUUCCUCAUCGAUCAAUGCAACGUUUAGUUAGACCAGAAUUGUCAACACCCAUAUAUGAAUCAAGCAGUGAAAUACAGACUGUCGCUCGUGAAUUGAACAAACCAAAAGCUGAUCUACAGAAGUUUGAUGGAAACCCUAUGAAUUACACAAGAUUUCUCAGACAAUUCAAUGCCAGAAUUUGUUCUAAUACGGAAUCAUACGAAGAACGGUUGAACUAUCUAUUACAGUUUACUGUUGGUGAAGCACAAAGAAUCGUUUCUGGUUAUUCAUAUCUGGAUGCUGAACGUGGCUACAAAGCAGCACUGGAAGAGUUGAAGGAUCGUUAUGGAGACCCUGACAUUAUAGCGCAAGCAUAUGUGAAGAAAGCUCUCGAUUGGCCUCCAGUAAAACCGGACAGUGCAAAAACUUUAGAUCAGUUUGCUAUAUUUUUGCGUGAGUGUCAAUAUGCUGUUGAAAACAUUGAUACUGGUCGUGUACUGGAAUAUUCAGAAAAUUUGAAACUGUUAGUGAAGAAAUUACCAUUUUACCUUCACGACAAAUGGCGAAGCUGUGUAUAUGAACUGAAAGAGAAGAAACAAGCUGUGAAGUUUCACCAUCUUGCUGACUUUGUUCGCAAAGAAGCCAAAAAAGCAACAGAUCCUAUAUACGGAAGAGAAAUUAUGAGCAGUUCAGCCAACAAACGUUUUCAAGACCAGAAGAAAUCAGAAGCACAUAAAAACUUUGCUGUGAAAACCAACACAAGAUCUUUCUAUGAUAACAGUGCUACACAGAUGAAACCAGUUUUCAAACAUUGUACAUUCUGUAAUGGAGCCCAUUCAUUGGACAUGUGUUUGAGCAUUACUAUUCUACCUCUUAAAGACAGAUAUGCAUUCUUGAAAACGAAUGGACUGUGUUUUGCAUGCUUGAGAUAUGGACAUGUGAAAACUAAUUGUCGACAAAGAAUGACAUGUGCUCAUUGUAAGAAGUAUCAUCCAUCCAUUCUUCACGUUGAUCCUCGACAGAAUGAAGGAACAAAUGGAGCUUCAACUUCAAGAGAACAUACUGACAGUGAGAACCCUUUGUUCGCUAUGUCAUCUACAGUUCAUAUGGGGGCUGGAAAACAAGCACUACCUAUUGUGCCGGUCAGAGUCAAGUCAAAGUUCAGUGACAAAUACCUGGAAACAUAUGCUUUCCUUGACUCAGGAAGCAAUGCAACAUUCUGUUUGGAGGACAUUGCAAGAUUGUUAAAACUGGAGGGAAGGAAGAUGAACCUCAACCUUACGACAAUGGGCCAACAGCAUACUCAGACUUCUCAUGUGAUUUCCGGGUUAGAAAUAUCCGACAUCAAUGGUGUGAAUGUGUUGGAACUUCCUCCGGUCUACACACAACCUACUUUACCUGCAUCGAGGACAGAUGUGAUAUCUCCAGAGGAUAUUGAGAACUAUCCAUAUCUCAGUGAUAUUGAACUUCCCAGGAUUGACAGUGAUGUGGGAAUUCUGAUUGGAGUCAAUGUGCCUAGGGCAAUGGAGCCUUGGGAUGUUAUACCCAGUGUUGAUAAUGGACCGUUCGCUGUAAAAACUUUGCUAGGCUGGGUGAUAAAUGGCCCACUCGAAAUUCAUGCGACUUCGAAUGAUACAUAUGUGUCCGUUAAUCGUGUAGAUGCAAAACUAAUGAACAACUUGGAGGAACAGAUUCGCAAUCAGUUUAAUCAUGACUUUAAUGAAAGAACUAUUGAUGACAAGUGUGAACCCUCAAAGGAAGACAGAAGAUUCAUAGAAUGUGUGUCAAAUUCUAUUCAUUUUGAAGAUGGACAUUACGUUAUAAGCCUUCCGUUUAAGUCAGAAAACGUGUGUUUACCUAACAACAGGAAACAAGUUGAACAAAGACUGUCUUCACUUCAGAAACGAUUUAGUCGUGAUGAAAACUUUCACAAAGAAUACUGUGUAUUCAUGAACAAGAUUCUUGAAGAAGGAUAUGCUGUCAAAGUUCCAGAUGAGAAAGUUAUUCAAGAUGACGGACAAGUGUGGUACCUACCUCAUCAUGGAGUAUACCAUCCUAAGAAAAGGAAGUUGAGAGUUGUGUUCGAUUGUGCAGCUCGAUAUCAGGGAACUUCAUUGAACGAACAACUGUUACAAGGACCGAAUCUCACAAAUACUCUGAUUGGUACACUCUUAAGAUUCAGACAAGAUGAGAUAGUGAUCAUGGGAGACAUCGAUAGCAUGUUUUAUCAAGUGAAAGUACCACAGGAGGAUGCAAGUUUCCUUAGAUUCCUAUGGUGGGAGGAUGGAAAUCCUAGAAAACGCAUAAUUGAGUACCAAAUGGUAGUACAUUUAUUUGGUGCGACAUCAUCGCCAAGUUGUGCAAAUUAUGCUUUGAGGAAAACAGCGCAAGAUUACAAAGGACUUUACAACACAGAAGUCAUCAACACUAUUCUUAAAAACUUUUAUGUGGAUGACUGUUUGAAAUCAGUGAAAACCGUAACUGAAGCAUCUUCUCUGUUGUGUGAUUUGCAAGAUCUUCUUAUGAGAGGAGGAUUUCAUAUUACUAAAUGGAUUAGUAAUAGCCGGGAAGUUAUGACCUAUAUUCCAGUCUCAAGGAGAGCAAAGGAAGUCAAAGACUUGGAUUUGGAAAAUGAUACCCUUCCCAUCGAUAGAGCCCUGGGAGUUCAGUGGUGUGUUGAAAAUGAUGUUUUUUGUUUCAAGAUGGACAUUAAAGAUAAACCCUUAACGAGAAGAGGUAUCUUAUCAAUGGUGAGCAGUGUAUUUGACCCACUGGGAUUUUUGGCCCCGUUCACUCUAAAAGCAAAGUGUUUACUACAAGAACUUUGUAAACUUCAGCUAGGAUGGGAUGAGAAGAUACCAGGACAUCUCGCACAACAGUGGAACGAAUGGCUACAAGAUCUAGAGAGACUUUCUGACUUUAAAGUGUCAAGAUGUUAUAAACCUGUUGAUUUCGGAGAAAUAAAGUCCGCACAGCUACAUCACUUCGCAGAUGCCAGUGAACGUGGAUAUGGAACUGUAUCCUACUUAAGACAGGAGAACUUUGAUGGUGCAGUUCAUUGCUCAUUCGUUAUAGGCAAGUCACGUGUCGCUCCAUUAAAACAGACGACAAUUCCUCGACUAGAAUUGACAGCGGCUACAGUAGCAGUUCGCACAGAUAAGAUGUUGAAGUCCGAGUUAGAUGUACCCAUAGAUGAAACUGUGUUUCGGACAGACAGCAUGGCAGUUAUUCGGUAUAUAAGAAAUACCUCAUCUAGAUUUCACACUUUCGUCGCAAAUAGACUUGCAGUGAUUCACGAAGGUUCCUUACCUGAUGAAUGGCGAUACAUCAAUACCAAACAAAACCCUGCUGAUCUUGCAUCAAGAGGCAUGUCCGCUAAUGACAUUCUUCAAGGAAAACAUUGGAUAACAGCACCUGAAGUCUUGUUAGCAAAAAAUGAUAGUUGGGCUGAAAAACCAAUGGAACUUUCUGAUGAGAUACCUGUUGACGAUCCAGAGGUAAAAAAGAUCACAGUGAGGGCAGUUAUUUAUACACGUGAAUCCAGUGAUAAUCAUGUUGAUAGUGUUGAAAGACUCUUGAACUAUCAUUCCUCAUGGUACAAGUUAAAGAAAAGUGUGGCAUGGAUUCUCAAAGUAAAGAAAAAACUGUUUCUCAGAACUCAACGCAAAACACAACUAGAAAAUCAAGCAGCUGAGACAUGUUUAUCAGCUGAGGACUUGCAGGAAGCUGAAGUUGCUAUUUUGAAAUUCUUUCAAAGAAAAUCAUUUGCAUCAGAAAUCGAAGAGCUGAAGAAAGGACAUCCUGUGAAACUUAGUAGCAAUGUCAAAAAAUUAGACCCUAUUCUUGAUGAUGGACUCAUUCGUGUUGGUGGUCGAUUGCACAGAGCAAGUAUGCCGUUAGAAACCAAGCAUCCAAUCAUCUUACCUAAGGAUAACCACGUGUCAAAUCUGAUAUUGAGACAGAUCCAUUGUGAACUGAAACAUAGUGGUAGAAAUCAUAUGCUUUCUAUAUUAAGACAAAAAUACUGGUUAAUACAUGCGCCUUCUUCUAUCAGGAAGUUGAUUUCAAAGUGUAUAGUAUGUCGCCGCCAAAAAGCUAGAGUUGGAGAACAGAAAAUGGCUCAAUUACCAGAGGAUCGUUUAAUACCUGAUGAACCACCAUUCACUAGAGUUGGCGUGGACUAUUUUGGUCCUUUUGAAGUGAAAUUGAAGAGAAGUCACGUCAAACGUUAUGGUGUUAUCUUUACAUGUCUUGCCAGUCGUGCUGUGCAUUUAGAAGUUGCGUCUUCUUUGACUACAGAUUCCUACAUCAACGCUUUACGUCGUUUCAUUGCACGCAGAGGUCAGGUGAAGAAAAUUCGCUCGGACAAUGGGACAAACUUUGUUGGGGCAAAUCGUGAACUUAGAAACUCGAUAAACGACUGGAAUGUGUCACAGAUUCAUGAAGCAAUGCUACAGAAAAACAUAGAUUGGCAGUUCAACCCCCCAGCAGGAUCCCAUCAUGGAGGUGUCUGGGAGAGAAUCAUCAGGACCAUAAGAAAAGUGAUGAACAGUGUUCUUCGAGAACAGAUCCUAGAUGAUGAAGGACUCGAUACACUUAUGUGUGAAAUAGAGGCCAUUCUCAAUGACAGACCAAUAACCAAGAGUUCCGAUCAUCACAACGACCUAGAGGCUUUGACACCAAAUCAUCUCUUGUUAAUGAGACAACAGCCAAAUUUACCGCCAGGUGUGUUUACGAAAUCCGACAACUACUGCAGACGUCGUUGGAGGCAGGUUCAAUAUAUGGCCAACCUCUUCUGGAACCGAUGGGUGAAAGAAUACCUACCAUUACUGCAAGAGCGUCAAAAGUGGCACGAAGUGAAGAGGAACCUGAAAAUCGGUGAUGUGGUUUUAGUGGUGGAUUCGAACUCUCCUCGUAAUUCCUGGCCCAUGGGUGUGGUUUUAGAGACUGUUCCCGAUCGUUUUGGACUGGUGCGACAAGUUAAAGUAAAGACAGCAACGAACACUUUGAUGCGUCCAAUAGAUAAACUGUGUCUUAUUUUGGAAAUGGACGAACCUUCUGUGUGAUGUGUUAUCAAACUUUCAUUGUGCUUUUUCAUAUUUAUUGCUUAUCUAAGGCAACCUAUGACAUUUUAUUGACACGGGUACUUUUUCAAUAUGUAUAAUUUGAUUAUAUAUCAAGUAUUAUGAUUUGUAUAAUUGUGUCACAUAAUGUUCCACAAUUAGGGGGCUGGAUUGUUAUAGCCAAUUUAACAUUAUAUUCAUUUUUCCGGAUUGAGUUUGAAUUUUAGAAUAUUCCGGAUUUCCAGAUUUGGUUUUGUUAUUAGGAUUUUUCGCGGGGAACGAGCAGUUUAGAUUUUUUCCUAGUCCCUGUGCUGAACACCAUUUACAUUUACCAUGUUUACUAUGUUUAUUUCUACGAGAGAAAACUUCUAAGUUGGUAAGUUAACAUGAAAUCUGCUUGUGUAUUGUUUUGUGCAGAAAGUUAUGUAUAAACGAUAGAUAUAAAUGUGUAAACAAAAGUGUUCAACUGUGAAGAUGUAUUUUUAGUAACAUGUUAGAAUGUUGGCACAAGGGAUAUAUCUAGAAUGUUAUAUAAAUUUAAAGCUAUAAGUAUCAUCGUAGCAUGUUUCUAUUGUAUGAUAUAUCGGAAUUUAAGGUUUCAUUGUUUGAUGCGAUGUUUUGUGCACUCUACCAUAGGCGUAUAUAUAUAUUCAUUUUGAAUUGUGUAAUUUGCUAGUAGUACGAGUUUCGUUAUAUUUGCUAAUUUACUAGAGCAUAUAUAUAUAAGUGAAAGUAUUGUUUACAAGAACAGGGGCAUAUAUAUUUACUAGAGUGAUAUUUGUCAUAUGCUGAGUGUGUUUUGUAUGUUUAUUCAUAGCAUCAAAACUUAUGUAUGUUUUCUUUGUUUUUCCAGUUAAUCACAUCAUCACAUCUAGUCACAUCACGUGUCAUUACAUCAAGUCACGUCAUCAUGUCCUAAAUCAUCAUUAUAGUUAUACAAUGACUGAAUAAAGAUGUGCAUUAACAACAAGUUGACUCUUCCUUGAUGGU